UAAAAAUUGGUAGAAGGGGACUGUCUGACAUAUCACCGCCAAGCUGGGCGUCGGGGAGAUGGCUGAGACUGACCCCAAGACCGUGCAGGACCUCACCUCGGUGGUGCAGACACUGCUGCAGCAGAUGCAAGAUAAAUUUCAGACCAUGUCUGACCAGAUCAUUGGGAGAAUCGAUGAUAUGAGUAGUUUCAUUGAUGAUCUGGAGAAGAAUAUCGCAGACCUCAUGACACAGGCUGGGGUGGAAGAGCUGGAAGGUGAAAACAAGAUACCUGCCACACGAAAGAGCUGAAGGUUGCUAAUAAUUUAUACUGGAAUCUGGAACACCAUUCUUCCAAGCCAAGAGAAAAUGGAAUGGCUUUUUGCAGCUAACUACUAUGUGUAGACAGGUUUUAUAUUAUAACGUGUGCAUUCUUAUCACAUACUAUAUAGUUAGUUUAUAGAGUGAUUUGCCCCCCAGUUUCUUGAACAUGGUAUCUUCACAUCUUG